AUGCUGCAAUCUAGAUCUAAUUCAAAAAAAAAUCUGAUUGAAGUUGACAUUGAUAAUCUUAGAAAAAACCUUAUUAUAAGUAAUCAAAAUAAAUUAAUUCCAAUUAUAAAGACAACUAUUUUUCUUGGCCACAAUGAUAUUGCUUUUCGAGGUCAUCAAGAUGACAGUAAGUAUCAUCCAGAAAUCGGAGAAGCAUGUAAAAACAACAUUGGUAUAGGUAACUUUGCAGAGCUUUUAAAUUUUCGCAUUGAAGCAGGUGAUAAAUGUGGUGGAGCCUCUGAUUGUUCUAAUGUUGAACAGCUAUCUCUAGUUAUAAGAUACAUUGGCUGUGAUAAUGUUAUUUGUGAAGACUUUCUAUGGUUCAUUGAAUGUAAAUCUGGUACAACUGGUCUUAUUCUUGCGCAAAACAUAGUUUCUGCAAUUGAUAAUCUUGGUCUUGAUAUCCAAAAAUGUAGAGGUCAAGGAUAUGAUGGUGCUGGGGCAGUGUCUGGUAAAUUAAAAGGUAUUUCAUCAAGAAUUAAAUUUAUUAAUUCAAAGGCUAUUUUUGUUCACUGUGCAUGCCAUAAAGUUAGUUUAGUUGUAAGUAAAUCAUGCAAUGUUCAGAGUGUUAGAAAUGUUUUUGAUCAAAUCGAAGAUAUAUCAUAUUUUUUUAACUUAUCACCUAAACAUGCCAGCUGUCUCAAUAAAUUCAUUUUUCCUGGUCAAGCAAAAUUAAUCGAUACAUGUCAAACUAGAUGGGUUCAGAAACUUAAAGGUCUGAAUGUUUUUUUUGAUAACUACAUAUCCUUUUUUCAUUCAAUGGAAGAAAUGGCAUACAAUGAGGUUUUAACCAAACAAAUAAUGGACUACUUCUAUGCUAUCACUGUUGUUCUUCAAACUAAAGCGUUUGAUAUAUCACAACAGUGUAAUGAAAUAAAUUGUUUAUAA